CCCUGUACAGUAACUCUGAGCUGCUGUCAGAGUGCAAACUGUGGAUUUCCAGUCAUGUCAGAAGUUAAAUGAAGCUGUUGAUGCAGUUUCACUCUGAGCUUGUGUUCAACUUAAAAUCUGGAUGACGCUGUUGUUUUUUUUUUUUUUUUAAACUUGCUGUGUUUGCAGACUUGAGGCUCGCUGCUCGCUCUGACACGCGCUCAGUGAAGCAACACUGAAGCUCUGCUAUAAAUACACCAAUCAUACCGAGGCGCUGCUGGCAGCUGGAUUCACUUUUUGGUUCGGGACGAGCUGCAGAUGACGGUUUGAGUCCGAGCUGCUGGAUCAGUGUUUUUUGUUUUUUGGGGGUUUUUUUUUACAGCUCUUAACGCUGUGGCCAUUUUCCACUGGAGACUUGAUUUGACACACUGAACUUUGUUUUGGACAAAGCAGCUAUGGCAGACUUUUGGGGAGAUAUUGCCAGUCAGAGGGUGGCCAGAGCCAUGUCGCUGGGGAAUGAUGAGGAGGCUGUGUUGGACCAAGGCAAGACCAGCUCCACCCUCUACACCAACUUUGAGAAAGAAGAGCUGGAGAGUCACAGGGCGGUUUACGUUGGCGUUCACGUCCCUCUGGGCCGCCAGAGCCGGAGGCGGCACCGUCACAGAGGACACCGACACCACCGGAAGCGACGGGACCGCUCGGACCGGGACGAUGGACGAGAGUCGCCCACAUACGACACGCCGUCUCAGAGAGUCCAGUUCAUCCUCGGGACGGAGGACGACGAUGAGGAGCACAUCCCCCACGACCUGUUCACCGAGCUGGACGAGCUCGCCUUCAGGGAUGGAGACUUCCAGGAGUGGAAGGAGACGGCCAGGUGGUUGAAGUUCGAGGAGGACGUGGAGGAUGGCGGCGAGCGUUGGAGUAAACCCUACGUGGCCACGUUGUCGCUGCACAGCCUGUUCGAGCUGCGUUCCUGCAUCCUGAAUGGCACCGUGCUGCUCGACAUGAGGGCCAACACCAUCGAGGAGAUCGCAGACAUGGUGAUCGACAGCAUGGUGGCGUCGGAUCAGCUGGAGGAGGACGUUCGACAGAAGGUGAGGGAGGCCAUGUUGAGGCGUCACCACCACCAGAACGAGAAGAAGCUGAGCAACCGCAUCCCGCUGGUCCGAUCCUUCGCCGACAUAGGCAAGAAACAGUCCGACCCGCAUUUACUGGAACGAAACGGGGAGGGUCUGUCCGCCUCCCGCCUCUCCCUCCCCCGUACCUCCUCUAUCGGCUCAUACGACGGCUCCACGCCUCCCCCCUCUCCUCGCAUCUCCCAAUUGUUCGGGCGCCUCCUGCCGAGCCCCACCUCCUCGCCCCAGACCACGCCCACCAUGGGCCGCCACCUGUCCGAGCCCUGCCCUUCCACACUCACCCCCUCCCUCCCUCGCUCCUUCCUCGACGCUUCCCCAUUGGGCCAAGCCUUCUCCGGGAUGCCUCGCCAAUACUCUGCUCCAGCAGAGAUCCCCGAGGUGGUGGUUUACCCCCCCGAAGAGGAGGACGAGGUGUUCAAGAUGGCGGACAAAAUGGACAAUCUCUCCUGUCAGGAUCUGCUGGUUCCUCACACAGGUCUGCUGGCGUCUCCUCAGUCGGCUCCCGGGAACCUCGACAACAGCAAAAACAGCGAGAGUCGCGUCACCGUCGGCAACGGAGGCAGCCGGGAAAACAGCACGGUGGACUUCAGCAAGGUGGAUAUGAGCUUCAUGAAGAAGAUUCCUCCGGGAGCCGAGGCCUCCAACGUGCUGGUGGGUGAGGUGGACUUCCUGGAGCGGCCGAUCAUCGCCUUCGUUCGUCUCGCCCCCGCAGUGCUGCUGACCGGCCUCACCGAGGUCCCGGUGCCCACCAGGUUCCUCUUUCUGCUGCUCGGUCCGUUUGGAAAAGGUCCACAGUACCACGAGAUCGGACGCUCCAUCGCCACGCUGAUGACCGACGAGAUUUUCCAUGACGUGGCCUACAAGGCGAAGGACAGGAACGACCUGCUGUCCGGGAUCGAUGAGUUCCUGGAUCAGGUGACCGUGCUGCCUCCAGGUGAAUGGGACCCCAGCAUCAGAAUCGAACCGCCCAAGAGCGUCCCGUCUCAGGAGAAGAGGAAGAUGCCGUCCGUCCCCAAUGGCUCCGCCCACUACUCUGACACGGUGAAGGAGGCGGAGCAUCAGACAGGACCGGAGCUGCAGAGGACCGGCAGGAUUUUCGGCGGUUUGGUGAACGACAUCAGGAGAAAAGCUCCGUUCAUGUGGAGCGACAUCAGAGACGCCGCCAACCUGCAGUGUUUGGCCUCCAUCCUCUUCCUGUACUGCGCCUGCAUGUCGCCCGUCAUCACGUUCGGAGGGCUGCUGGGAGAAGCCACCGGAGGAAGCAUAAGCGCCAUAGAGUCUCUGUUCGGGGCGUCUAUGACGGGCGUGGCCUACUCGGUGUUUGCCGGUCAGCCUCUCACCAUCCUCGGCAGCACCGGUCCGGUUCUGGUGUUUGAGAAGAUCCUCUUCAGGUUCUGCCGUGACUACAAUCUGUCCUACCUGUCUCUGAGGACCAGUAUCGGCCUGUGGACGGCCUUCCUCUGCCUGCUGCUGGUCGCCACCGACGCCAGCUCUCUGGUCUGCUACAUCACCCGCUUCACCGAGGAGGCCUUCGCCGCCCUCAUCUGCAUCAUCUUCAUCUACGAGGCCCUGGAGAAGCUGGUGCACCUCUGGGAGGUUUACCCCAUCAACACGCACAACGUGUUGGACAACCUCACCAACUACACGUGUCAGUGUUCUCCGCCCACCAACGCCUCGGCUGAAGUCGAGCAGAUCUGGAGCAGCAGAAACUUGACGUCGGAAAGCAUCGAGUGGGAGCAGCUGGGCGUGAAGGAUUGUCUGGAUUUAAAAGGAGAGUUCUUUGGUCCGGCCUGCAGCCACGGUGGUCCGUACGUCCCCGACGUCUUCUUCUGGUCCGCCAUCCUCUUCUUCACGACCUUCUUCCUCUCCUCCUUCCUCAAACAGUUCAAGACCAAGAGAUAUUUCCCCACCAAGGUUCGAUCGACCAUCAGCGACUUCGCCGUCUUCCUGACCAUCAUGAUCAUGGUGCUGGUGGACUAUCUGGUGGGAAUCCCUUCACCCAAACUCGAUGUACCGGACCGUUUCGAGCCCACAUCCAACACUCGAGGCUGGCUCAUCUCCCCACUGGGACCGAACCCCUGGUGGACGCUGCUGGCGGCAGCUGUCCCUGCUCUGCUGUGCACCAUCCUCAUCUUCAUGGACCAGCAGAUCACCGCCGUCAUCAUCAACAGGAAGGAGAACAGGCUGAAGAAAGGCUGCGGUUACCACCUGGACCUGCUGGUGGUGGCGGUGAUGCUGGGCAUAUGCUCCAUCAUGGGCCUGCCUUGGUUCGUGGCGGCAACGGUGCUCUCCAUCUCCCACGUCAACAGUCUGAAGCUGGAGUCGGAGUGCGCAGCGCCCGGCGAGCAGCCCAAGUUCCUGGGCAUCAGAGAGCAGCGGGUCACCGGCUUCAUGAUCUUCGCCCUGAUGGGCUGCUCUGUCUUCAUGACGUCCGUCCUCAAGUUCAUCCCGAUGCCCGUCCUGUACGGAGUCUUCCUCUACAUGGGAGUGUCCUCGCUCAAAGGCAUCCAGCUCUUCGAUCGCAUCAAACUGUUCGGCAUGCCGGCCAAACAUCAGCCAGACCUAAUCUACCUGCGCUACGUCCCUCUGUGGAAAGUCCACGUCUUCACCGUGGUCCAGAUGACUUGCCUCAUCGUCCUCUGGGUCAUCAAGGCCUCAGCCGCCGCCGUCGUCUUUCCCAUGAUGGUUCUGGCUCUGGUGUUCAUCCGGAAGCUUCUGGAUUUCUGCUUCACCAAGAGAGAGCUGAGCUGGCUGGACGACCUGAUCCCGGAGAGCAAGAAGAAGAGGGACGACGACAAGAAGAAGAAGGCGAAGGAGGACGCUCGACGGAUGCUGGAGGAGGUGGAGGAUGAACCGCCGUACGACCGAGGACACGACAAGUUCCACAAAGGACGGUGGGAUCCAUCAGAAGUGAACAUCUCAGAUGAAAUGGCCAAAAGCGGCAUUUGGAAAUCAGUUUCCAAGAACUGUGACAGCAGCAAACCUCUGAAACGCUGCUCCAGCCAGGACAAGCUGCCGAGUGUCGAGAUAAACGUGGAGAACGAAGAAGGUCGGAAAGUCGUGGAUGCCGAGACAUCACUAUGAUCCACCGGAGGACGAGGAGGGCGGAGCCUCUGCUCUGAUGGGACGCCGCAGGUCGCGAGCUGACCAAUCAGGCUUCACCUCAGCUCGCAGCACUUCUCAUCCUGCGUCUUCUCGGAGGAGGUGAACGUUUUAUUUUCUCAUCGUUUUAUGGUGAAACAUGGAGACUCCGGCACUUGGAGCGCAAACGGAAACAGCUGCCUCAGGUUUCUUUGGUUGGUUUUAGUCGGGCGGUCCGCUGCUGCGCUGUGAUUGGCUGCUGAACUGAAAAAUGGACUCAGCGGACGCCUGAGAAACAGCUGAAGUUUAAUUUCACGGUUUUAAAUGUGUCUGCUUUAAUGAAGCAGACGAGGCUCUUCACCUCCGACAACGCAGGAUGGAGUUUUAUUUAAUCCAACAUGCUGAUUUAAGUUGUGUAUGUCUGUGUGUUUGUCUGUGUGUGUGUGUCUGUCUAUGUGUGUGUGUGUGUGUGUGUGUGUGUGUGUGUGAGAGACAGUGUGUGUGAUUACUGUUGUACCUCACCGUGUUGCCUGCAGCAGAAAAACUGAAUGAAUUCACAGCCGCUGUUGUCAGAGUUUCUUUGUAAAGUUUCAAUAAAUAAAUUUGGUGGCAAAGAUCAAAGCGAGUCCAUCAGAUCCAACAGAUCAAUAAACAAUCAAUAAAACCUGUCUCAGGAGGA